GCACGUCAAGCGAUGGCAUCAUCAAGCCAAUCAGAGCGCGAGUCGCGCGCAAGCGUGUUGUGAUGCAUGUGAUGCACGCGACGGAAGCGAGAAGCGCAUUAUAUUUCAUGCACCAGAUGUUGUCAUAUCUGAUCCUCAUUUUCGACAUUUGACUGGCUAUCAACGAGGACCAUGGCCUCCACCGACCAAGACCAAGAGUCACUGCAGAGUCAGAAACACUACUUGUGUGGUUCUGUCGCAGCGUUCGCCAACAUUGUCAUCACAUUUCCCAUACACAAGGCACUGUUCCGCCAGCAGUUGUUCGGCGUGCAGACGAGGGAAGCUGUGCGCCAGCUCCAGAGGGACGGUGUGCGCACACUGUACCGCGGCAUCCUGCCACCCUUACUGCAGAAAAGCAGCACUAUAGCAGUUAUGUUUGGCCUCUAUGAGGACUUCUCCAGGUUGUUGCGGCUAACCGCUCCUCAAGCCCCCGUCCUGUUAACGGACAGCAUCGCAGCAGUUUUAGCGGGAACAGCUGAAGCAGUCUUAACGCCCUUCGAGAGGGUCCAAACUCUACUGCAGGACCCACGUCAUCAUGGAAACUUUCAGAACACUGCGCAUAUUUUCCGUCUUUUGCUUCAACAACACGGCAUCCGAGAGCUUUACCGUGGCCUUGUUCCAAUCCUACUCAGAAAUGGCCCUAGCAAUGUUUUUUUCUUUGGCUUGCGUGGACCGAUCAAGGAACUGCUCCCCAAAGCCGAGACAAAGGCAGGGCACUUGGUUAAUGACUUUGUAUGUGGAGGGAUUCUGGGAGCGGGUCUCGGGGUGGUGUUUUACCCUCUGAAUGUAGUUAAGUCUCACGCACAAGUGCAGAUUGGAGGGGAGUUUCAGUCCUGCAGGGUGAUACUGGCAAACGUUUUGAGAGAGAGGGACGGGAAGGUGAGCCGUCUGUUUCGUGGUGUGCAUUUGAACUUCCAGAGAUCUGUUUUCUCAUGGGGAAUCAUAAAUGCUACAUAUGAACUUUUACUGAAAAUGCUCUGAUUGAGAUGAGACGGACAAAAGGGGGAAUUAAAGUGAAAAGCAUCAACGACUCGGAGAAAAGAGUGGAGAAUAAGUCUAUUUCUGCUGCUAAAACCACAGAAUUAAAACAGCAUGUUUACUUCGUGUUAUGUUAAAGUUAGUUAACUCAAAAGAUUUCUUCAUGGUCAAGCCUAACUGAAAGCACAAAGAAAGGGAAAUGUUUGAUUUGAUCAUUUUAGCAAUAUAUUAUUUUCUAUUUUAAAAAGUAUUUAAACAAUUAAUAUGGGAUGCAUAACCUUUCAAAAGGUUGAA